AUGAACUUUGCGAUUGAAAAGAAGCCUAAUGACUUCCGACCACAAGGGAUGCGGACCAUCCAGCUCUUCAACUCGGAGGCUCAAGCCAACUACAAGAAGGCGGGUCGGGCUGCAAUGAAGAAUGCUGAGGAGGAUGACAUCAUCCCCAAAGGACAGUGUGGGUCACGGAAGCAGCACCAAUCCAUUGAUCUCGCCCUUUCCAAACGAUUGAUCUGGGACUCGCUGAUCCUGGAACGACGGUCUUCCGGCUGGAUCUCAAAUGACGCAAAGUCUUGCUUUGAUCGCAUGGUUCACUGGGUAGCAAAGACGGGCUUGCGGAGAUUUGGCCUGUCGGUCACUGUCACCAACCUAAUGUUUGAUAUCUUGGCAAAGGCGAAACACGGGGUCCAAACUGGCUUUGGCAACUCGGAUCGGACCUUUGGGCCCACUGGUGAUGUUCCCUUCCAGGGCUGCGGUCAAGGCAAUGGCGCAGGCCCAUGGAUGACACCAAUGUCAUGGAGUCCAAUGACAACGUGGAGUCAACUGGCAAAGACCUCCUCCCGUCGGUACAGUCGGCUUUGGACCUUUGGUCAGGUGGCAUCAGUGCCACCGGUGGAGCUAUCAACCCGGCGAAGUCCUUCUGGUGGCUGA